GGGAACCAGUGUGCUACUUAAAGAGCCCUAAAACCUCCUCACACAUUCCUAGAACCUCUUUAAGAACACCUAUACAACCCUGGAACGCCCUCAAGCACACUUGGGACCUCCUCAGCUACCUUUUGAACCUCUUCAAGCACUCCUAGAACUUUCUUAAGUACUCUUGGAAGCUCAACAACAUCCAAAGCUCCGUCUCAGGAAUCCUGAAAGCUUCUUGCACAUUUGUAGAACCUCUUAAAGAACACGUAAACCCCUCUAAAGAACCCUGGAACGCCCUCAAGCACUCCUGCAGUUGAAUCGAGCAGCAGUGAAGCGUCCUCUUUAACAAACUCUUUAAAGAACACCUAGAACCCUCCUUCAAGAACCCUUGAUUCUGUCAGUGAAGCAUCACCUGAACAGAGAGAACACACAGCUGUGCUGAGUGAUUCCCAUCAGAAUACUAAUAACUAAAACAACUGGAUGUUUCAGUUCUAGUUUUUCCCAGCUGGACCCUGAAGGCAGCACAGAGGAAACAUAAACCCCUCACCUGAAGAGGAUGUGAACCAGAUCACCUUCACCUGUGACCUCACACACAAACACAGAGGUACGCAGGUGUGGUUACCUGAGUGGGUGUGUCACAGCGUCUCAACCUUCUGCUUCAGUAACAACAAACAGAGGAACAAUAGAGCCCCGCCCUCCCUCACCUGCAGCAGGUGUGUCUGAGAACAGUCAGAUCAGAGCGGAGAAGCAGUCAGUCAGGUUUGUUCAGUCUCAUCUGAAUCGGAUUUUAUUGGAACAACGAGCUGCCGGCUGGACCGACCGCAUGCCGAACUGAGGAGAGUUACCUGCUGACAGGGCUCCUGUAGAGGCCUCGAACCCCCCCAACAUCCAGGACAUGGAGCUGAGAGAGGAGUGGCAGGACGACGGCUUCCCCAGGCCGCUCCCAGAGGAUUCUGGGAGUCCGGAGGAGGCAGAGACGGCGUCAGCAGCCCCGCCCACCACCCUCGCCCUAUCAGGUACCGUUGGGGGCGGGGCCAAGAAGCGGCUGGUGGCCCCAGCUCUCAGCCUGACGCUGAGCGGCAAAGAUUCUCACGACCCGAGCAACGACGGCUUCUCUGCCGCAGCGCUGUCGGCAACGCCGGACGAGAUGUUGUCGCUCGACAUCAACCUGGAGGCGCUGGAGACGCCGUCUGACAGCGAGACAGGAACGCUGCCGGACAGCACGCACGACCUCGAGUGGGAGGAUGACCUUCCUCGGAUGGCGAGGGGCGGGGCCCGGGGCGUGGCCAGGAGCCCGGUGGAGCAGUCAGAGAUGGGUCUGAUGGAGCUGGACCAGGUGGACAACGAGGGGCGCCGCUGGAGGAAGUUCUGCAUCUCCGGACAUGAAUAUCUCGUCAACAUGAGCGUCCUGGAACCCUACCUGCAGGUCCUGUCACACGGAGGUUACUAUGGAGACGGGAUGAACGCAAUCAUCCUGUUUACGUCCUGCUACCUGCCGGAGAACACAGUGGAGGACUACGAGUACGUCAUGGACAACCUGUUCAGGUACAUCGUGGGGACGUUAGAUCUGAUGGUCUCGGAGAACUACCUGCUGGUCUACAUGUGUGCCAUGGCUCCCAGAAACAAGCUGCCAGCCAUCAAAUGGCUCCACCAGUGCUACACCUCCAUUGACAGGAGGCUGAAGAAGGACCUGAAGGGGCUGCUGGUCGUCCAUCCAGCCUGGUACAUCAAAGCUCUCAUCACUGUGGUCAAACCCUUCAUCAGUGAGAAGUUCAGCAGGAAGAUUCGGUUCAUCCAGAGUCUGCAGGAGCUCUCUCAGUUCAUCCCCACAGACCGGCUGCAGAUCCCCGACUCCAUCCGACAGUUUGAUGAGAAGCUGAACAGAUGACGGACGCAGAGGUAGACAGACUGGUUGGAUCCCAAAGGUCAAAGGUCAUCAGGAGCCCCUCAGCCUGCUGACCUUUGACCUCCCACCUGUGCAGAAACACAGAGACUCUGAGUUCAUUUAUAGGAAGUUACAGAGCUCAUCUCGUCUUGCUGUUCACAUGUGAUCUGUGAUCUGGAUCAUUGUGUUCAGGUCUCAGUAGGUGUAACAUCUGUACAGAAAUCCAGCUGACUCCGCCUCUUCCUGUCAACUCAAAUUGGCCUUCAGACUAAAAGGAAAGGAAAAACAAGCAGCGUCACUAUGUGUAGAAAUAAAAGCAUCAGUCAAGUUAUCCGUUAGUAAACUGAUAGAAAAUUAAUUUGUUUGAUCAAAACCUCUUCUGUCCUCUGGAGUCAGUUCCUCUAAUGUCUCAGGUUUAAUAUCUUUGGACUGUUGAUCAGACACAUCCAAAGAGAUGUUUAUUGUUUUAUGAGAUAAAUCUGUAAGUUAUAACAAGUUCAUUUUGUGAAAAAACCAGAACGUUUUGUGAUAAAACGAAAUAAAGUGAUGUAUUGUUACAGCAAGAAAAGCUUUUUGUAAAAUCAGAAUAUUUUGGUAUCCAGUAAUUACAUGAAGAAUAUUAUACGUAUAAUAUGUUACAAUCUCAUAAAGUUCUCAUGUUAUAAUGAGAUAGUAAAAGAAAGUAAAGAGUAAAUAUAGUGAAGACAACAAGAAUGAAUUAAUAUCAGGUGUUCAUGCAAAGACCUGAGAUCAUCAUCCAGGUACAGAUCAGAUCACAUGUUGACACCAGGUGAGAUGCACCUCGACAAACCUGAUCACCUGCGACGUCUCUGCUGCCACAAACUGCUUCCAUCAUCAGUCAGGUGUAUCAGCUGUCAGGUGACACAGCAGAGAUUAUUAAUGAUGUAAACACAAAUCAGUGUGUUAAUCCUUUCAAUCAGCUGCUGGAGGAGGAAGUCUGUCAGUUUGAUCACAGCAGCACCUGGUGGACAUGAGAGGAACUGCACGUAAAUGAGGCGGCUGCUGAUUGGUCCACAGUAACAACACGUUUACCUGUCGCACAAACCCGUCAUAAAAGCUUUGAUCAAAUGUUUUAUUAAAUUAAAUACUUUUAUUGUUAUGGUUUUUAAUAUUUUACUGCAUAAAAGCACAAAGUGUUUUUAUCUUUCUUUCAUCACCAAACACUGAAGAGAUGUCAGAACUUCUUCUACUCUGAGUCAUAACUCAUCAGAUCUGAGCACACAGACAUGAAACACAUAUUGACAUCAUUCAGUGUGACCUUCAUUAUCAAUAUAUAUAUCACAAACCUCCAUAAAUCCACUUAGAAACCAGAGAAAAAAGAGGCUGAAGAACCUGAGAAUCAUCAUGUUUAAGUCAGAAUCACAGUGAUCAGCAACACUUCACUGCUUUGGUCCAAACGGAGGAAAUAAACUUCAACCUGAGACCGGAGAGAGUGAAGGUUUUUAAUAAGGUGAUUUUUGAUGUUUAUUCUUUAUUUUUUCAUGUGGUGAAACAUAAAUAAAAAUGUACAGG